AUGCAGGCUUCUACUGUGGACAAAGAAGUGUCUGUGUUAAGUUUCACUGAAAACAUAAAAAACCAUAACACAGAUAACGUCGCUAAGAAAUCUGCAAAAGACUUUCAUGAGACAUGUGAUACAAAGCUGGCAUUCGUGCAACCUGAAGUAAAAGAAAGAUGUGCUUUGAACACGUCUGAUAACACAUCUGAAUCGUCUACACAUCCGUCUUCUGAUCAAGUCGUACUAAGGAGGACACUCCGACAAUCAACAGAUUUCAACGCACAACCUGAUAAUAGAGAACAAUCAAAUGACAGUAGCUCAUCUUUCGUCAUGAGACAACCAAGAAGUAUGAUUGUCACCUCAUCCAACACAACUUCAAGAUUUGAAGACGUACCAUUUUCAUUGAAAAAAGAUGCCGAAAUUGUGUCAAUAUCCUCUUCAGCUGAAGAAUUUGACAACAUGAUGACUGAUUCUGGACGACAUUCAAGAGUAUCCACAGAUGAACUCCUUGUAGAUGUGAUGUAUGACAACUAUGAUAAGAGAGUCUCAGCAAAUGAUGUUUAUCAUGACACUGUACAUCCAAUUUUGUCACCAACAAUAACCGGCACUCAAGGAAAUUCUUUGCUAGAAAAGACUACACCUGCUACAGAAAAUUCAUCACAUAUGAAUAUCAAGAGCCCUGUAACUUCGUCACAAGAACUUGCUCCAGGCAUUCACAAAGUUGUUAUGAUGAAGGGAGCUACAGGAGUUGGCUUCUGUAUUGAAGGUGGCGUGGGAUCACUAAAAGGAGACAUGCCUAUUUUUAUCAAAAGGAUUUUCAAAGGUGGUCCAGCUGAGAAAUGUGGACAACUGAAAGUCAGGGAUGAAAUCUUGGAAGUAAAUGGGGUGAAGUUUCACUCCAUGCGACAUUACGAAGCUUGGAACCAUCUCAAGUUUCUCGAUGAUGGAGCCAUUCAAUUAACAAUCCGACGACCUUCAUCAUAA